AGCUCGGUUACUAGGCAACGGCAGAGUUUACACGUUGCUGUGGAGACGGCAAACGCCACUCCUUUCAUGAGUUGCUGUUUUACUCAUCUCCUUGUUGUUUUGUUUUUUCUUUUUAACAAGAAAGAAGAUGGGAGGAAUAUUUGUAAUGUGAUUAAUUAUGUUGAAAUGAACAAAUAAAAGCAUACAUUUAGGUUUAGCUUGAGAAACUGAAACUGAAAGCCUUUAUUGACAAAGAAAGUCUCAUUGAGAAGACCAAAGAGUGUCCGGCAGCAUGACAACAACCGCUUUUGUCCUUGAAGGAAAACCAAGACUUGUUUCUAAAAUUAAAACCCAUUUUCUUGGAUUAAAAAACAACAUUUUAAAUCUUUCUUUUUUUAUUUCUGCAUGUAGUAUUAGUAACAGUGUCAUAUUUCGUGCGUGGCCUGAGAUUAACGUUUCAUAACAGGCACACAGGAUAUUGGAAUCCUUGAAAUUCAAUAAAAGUCACUACAAACUAAACGCAGCAGUCGCUUGGCCCGUCAAAGUAAAAGCCCCAAAAUAUUACAAAACCGGUCGUGUUUUUGAUUAAUACGACUAAAGAAUGUUUGAACCUUUCCUCCAAGUGAACCUGAAGAAGAAAGACCAUCACUAGUACAACAAAUAGUUGCACCAUAAAUGUCCCAUGAAGUCAGUUGUGUCAUUGUUUUGAUCAGAAUCAGGGUCAUAUUAUAGCCCCCCCCUAUACACUCUCUCCAGCACAAUGACAGUAUGGGAUCUCUAGCCUAUAUGUUGAGCUACAAUUUGAGCCCCAGAGCCUGAAGAGGCGACUCGCUGGCCCCCGCAAAGCUUCACUAAAUCUGCAGCUGCACAUCAGCCGCCCCCCCCCCGAGAUCACAGGGCCCGGGAAGGGGGGUGUCAGGGUGUCACACUGUUUCACACAUGAGACCGGACCAGACAAUAGAUUCAGGAUCACGGCGAACGUACAAAACAACAAGAGGAGAUCCAGGAAACAUGAUACAACAUGACGUCAUUCGAUAGAGGACCUGUGGGUGGAAAGUGAUUCUAUUUCAUCUCUGGUCGUUCAUGAUUGAGGAUUCAUGUAAUUUCUCAGCUUGUAAUAAAACAACACGUAUGGUUCUGAUCAUCAACAAGGAGAGUAAUGUCCAGAAUGUAUGACCUCUUUCCUCCAUCUACACUAGACGGUGCAAGUAAACAGCUCCUCGUGUGCACGGUUAAAUGUACUACAAUUCAAAGUACUGCAUUGCUUACUACUAUAAACUCAAAAAUGUACUCUAAUGUAAAGGAUAGCUGCAAUGGCAGAUUUUACACACAUGUUGUAGUCCUGCUCUCAAUAGACAAGUUACUAGGUGGCAAUAUUCAAAGUCUUAUCAUAGUCUCUUCAUCUUAACCUUGAGCCAGGUGCUUUGAUGUGCAUCUUUAGUGUUCAGGGGAAUGAAGACCAAACUUUAUCUUUGAAGAAACACAAACGAUAAUUGCUUUCUCAACCCUCUUGGCACAAAGGAGAAUCCUAUUGGACUGGAAGUCACCUCGCCCUCCCAACUCCUCCUUGUGGUUAAAGGACCUGGUGUUCUUCUUAAAGUUGGAGAAAAUCAAGUUGUUAGUGCGGGUACAUCCUGAGAAAUUCAAAUCCACUUGGGGCUCGAUCAUACAAUACUUUGAUAAAAUGAAGACUCUCACUGGACCCAUAAUGUUGAUGUAUGAUCCACUACUGGUUUCUGGUUGUCUGUACUUCCCUCCUACACCAAAUGUAGUACUUUGUGUACCAACUACUGUACUGUAAUGUGCUUUUUGGCAAUUGAGGCGGUGUGAUUUGUUCUGUGUUGGGGGGGAUUUAACUAACUUACAAAAAAAAAGAAAAGAACGCAUGAUGAUAAGUGUUGUAUUUUCAACUUGGAAAAAGUAUUAUACAGUCUGUCAACUUCACUACAUUCAUGUGAUUAUAACGUCACACCCACGCUUUACUUUUGGUACUUUUGUAAUUUUGAAUUUAGGAAUGAUUUUUAUACAUACUUUUUGUAGUACACAUUUAUAGUAUAUAUGAGUUAAUCUUACAUGGUUGUAAAUGAUGUUUCACAUAAAACAUUUAUUCAACUGUUCGUUCCUUUCAUUUUUAGCUGCUUUCUAAGCUCAGAUUUGAUCUGUUAUUUUCUUUUCAGGGGGGGGGGGGGCUUUUGGGGUCUAGAAUGUCAGACUCCCGGCAAAGACCCCGGCUUAGCUUGACACAAUAGCACACGUAGCCCGGCUAUAUUUAAGAGCGGCCAGGUGUCGACCCGCUCACGCCCCUCGGCCCCAUCGCCCCCCCGGUUACUCGCCUCGGGACAGAACUGUUGGGUGCUGCACGUCUCGCAGAGUGAUGGACACUCAUGAAGAAUAUGCUGAAGAGGAGCUCAGUGACUACAUCAUCCAGCUCAGUAUUCAAGACUCCUGCCAAGAUGCCUUUCUGAAAUCUGCAGCAAGUUUAGGAGCAGCGACGGAUGAAAAUCUGAAGGUCCUGGCAGCCAUUGAGCAAGGUGAGGUCCUGAUGCUGAGGGGGAUGCUGAGGCACACCUUCGCCUUCAGGGAGCGGGACAGUCGCGGCUGGCUUCCCCUCCAUCGAGCCGCCUCGCAGCCGGUCCUGGAGAUUCUGCAGACCGUCCUGACAUCGGGUGCUCGGGGGCUCGGCCUGGAGGAGAGGACGGCCGUGGGGGGGGAGACGCCGCUGACACUUGCGGUGAAAGCCGUGCUAGUGCACAACGUGAGGACCCUACUGGAGCACGGGGCCUCGCCUCUCAACACCAACGGCAGCAACGAGUCGCCGCUGCUGCUCGCGGUGAAGGCCGGCUCGUGCGAGAUGACGUCCACGCUGAUGGAGCACAACGCCUGGGUGGAUCAGGUCUGCUGCAGGAAGAGGACGGCGAUGCACGAGGCGGCCGCGGCCGGCGACGUGGACGUCCUUAUGCUGCUGCUGAGGAACGGCGGCCGUGUCAACCAGAGGGACGAAUCGGGCAGGACGCCGCUCGCCUUGGCUGCGGAGCACGGGCACUUCCACGUGGCUGAGAUUCUGCUGAACUGUGGUAGCUCAGUGAACUCCCAGGCCUGUAACGGGGAAAGCGUUCUGAUGGACGCGGCCGGGUCCGGAAGCACCGCCUGCAUUCAGCUGCUGCUGGACAACGGAGCCGACCCCAACCUGCCGAGUGCCACCGGUCACCUGCCCGUCCACAAGGUGGCGCACGCUGGACACUACGAUGCCCUGAAGAGGCUGCUGCCUUUGACUACCAAGAAGGCCAUCAAAGAGGCGGGCCAGAGCCCGGUGCACUCGGCGGCGGAGGGAGGCCGGCGCCACUGCCUGAAGCUCCUGUUGGCCCGCGGCUUCAACGUCAACUACCGCAUGGAUGCCAGAAACUCCGAAAGCUACCGGGAUAUGCGGAGGAGCGCCUUGUACUUUGCCGUCUCCAACGGGGACGUGGACUGCACCCGGCUGCUGCUAGCGGCCGGGGCGAGGACGGACCUGGACCCGCUGUGCUGCCUCCUGGUGGCGGUCCGCUCGGGGCGCCACGAGAUCGUCAAGCUGCUGCUGACGGCCAAGGCCGACGUGAACCGCUGCUUCGCGGUGGUGAGCGACACGGUGUUUCCCACGGCGCUGCAGUACUGCCUGAAGGACGAGGCGAUGAUGAGGCUGCUCCUCAACGCCGGCUAUGAGGUGGAGAGGUGCUUCCGCUGUCACCAUGACGACACCCUGCGUGCGCCGAAUGAGGCGGGGGGCGAAAUACCUUUCUGCGAGUUCAUGAGCCUCUGCUGCGUGGUGCACCUCUCUGGGGCCGUGGUCCGGACCCUGCUGGACUACGUGGGCCACGUCCACAUCUGCUCCAAACUCAGGCUGCUCCUGGAGGGGCAGAGGGAGUGGCCCGAAAUACGUGACGUCCUCAACAGCCCUCGCUCCCUCAGGCACCUCUGCAGACUGGAGGUCAGGAGGUGUCUCACCCUGAAGAGACUCAACAACCCCGAAAUCAUGAGCUCGCAGGUGUUUCCCCCCCGACUGAGGAGCUUCCUGUUGUACCAGGAGCUCGACCUCUACAGCCGGGACCCCCGGCGCAUCGUACCAACAUAACCUGGAAGUUCUAGAAUCCCACUCGUUUUUUAAUCUGUAUUAUUUGUUUCUUAGAAGUACAGUGCUGUACAAUAAAAAUGUUGUUGUGGUA